AUGGAAAUCCCGACGACGAAUGAAACGAUUACCGAAGCAAUUCGACAGUGGGACGUUGAUGCUUUGCCUGAUUUUGGAUUUUAUAUAUCGAAUCUCAAUGAACAAUUAUAUCAAUUGCAGAAACAACAAUUUUCUUCUCUUUCUCAUAAUACACUUCGUAUUUAUCAUGGACAGUUUAUGAACAUUGACACAUUGAGAAAACUUCAAAACAGUGUCGGAGGUUAUUUAUCAAUCAAUACAUUUUUGCCAACCACAGAAGAUGACGAUUUUGCUCUUCGUUACGCUCAGUCAAGUACUGGACUUUAUGAAAAUGUUCUAUUUAUUAUUGAUAUCAAUUUAAAAGAGGAUGAAAUAAAACCAUUUGUACAUAUAGAUAAUUUAAGUGCUUUUCCAGAUACUCAUGAAGUUCUCUUAAGUAUAGGAACAAUAUUUCGAAUUGAUUUAAUUUAA